CGUUAUACCCCCCUAACUGUAAAGUAAAUUAAUCUUUCCUCUAUAUAUGAAAAUUUCUUGUUAUGUACUGAGCAGACUCUUCGUUUCGCGCGUUCAAUCCAAAAUUGAUAUUUUGAAAACUGAUCAGGACAACAAGACAAGACAAGACAAGUCAUUUGACAUUGAUAUCAUCUCCCAAUUGUACAUUAUAUCAUCAACCUACUUAGUCCAUAUCCAUACACAUCCAAGACAUGAAGGUAUCAGGUCUAUUAUCAUCAUCCUUAUUAAUCAUAGCUUCUACUUUAGCUGCUGAAUGGUAUCCAUUGAAUCGACAAGAUGAAAUCCCAGUAGGUUUUACUCCAUAUAAAAGAGGUGAAAAUGUUUAUAUGGAUUGUAUCACGAGAAAUAUAGAUAAUGGAGAACAUAAAUUCGAUGAACAAGAACGUAUCAUAUAUGGUCCCUUCCCAAUCUGUAAAGAAACUUCCAAACCUUUAACUUUCAAAUAUGGUAUUAGUGAAGAUUUUAAUUGUACUAUAACUUUCACGGAUGAAUUAUAUCAUUUAUUCCAAUUAUACAUUCAUGAAGAUGCUCCUUUCAGUUGUCGAUUACCAAUCAGUAGUGAUGCUCAUUAUUUAGAAAAAGGAGGAGCGUAUGUACCUUUAACGUUCAAUUUAAGAGGUGAAAUCCGUGAAAGUCAUCUUGAUAUUGAUCCAACUUUAAAUGUCUUGAUAACUAAACCUUCCAAUAAUAAUGAAGAAGAAAAUACCUUUAUUAGUGCUGUUGCUUUCUCAUCAGGUACAAAUGCUACUAGAGUUGUCAUUGGGGAUAGUUUAACUCUUAACGUGGCAGUUAGAUUCUUAGAUCAAUUGGUAAAUGCAGACAGUACUACCAAUUCAUUAGAUGGUAUACCAUAUGCAUCUGGGUUUUAUAAAUUCCCCAUCAAUUUUGUUCCAAUAAGUUAUACUAUGUUAUAUACUUAUUUAUUCAUGACAGUGGUUGGAACAGCAGUUAUAAUUUUUGCAUUCACUUAUAAUUUAAUCUCUCAUAAGAUUAAAAAGGGUCUGAAGUAUAAGCCUGUUGAUUCGGAAUCAUUCGGUAAACUUGAUUAGAAUGGGAAUUCAUUAUGUGUCAAUAUUAUUCUAGUUCAUCUUAUAUACAUUUCCUUUCAUAAAUUCGAUAUAAUACACGUUGAAUUUUUUUUUUUACUUCCAUUCUAUCGUAAUUGGUCUUAUCUCUUUAUUAGUGCGUUCUUGUUGAUCAGGUAAUGACAUAAUCGGGUUGGGAAUACUCUUGCUUGUCAA